CGCCGAGACUCGCUCACUGAGUGGGAAUUAAAGAUAAAUUGUCAACCAGCGGAACCACACGCCGUGUAUCCAAAGUACGGCAAAAAGAAAACACCCCUACUUUAAAACCCGAGGGGCACAAGGAAAUGAGUGCGUUCAGUGGCGUUUAGAGCGCUCCUGCUAAUGUACCAGUAGCCAAAGGCAUUGACGAAGUCAGCGCCACCGCUCGGGACUUGUGCAUGGAUUUCUCCAAGAUUCUGGGAGUCUGAAAAACAUGGAUGUCCCGCCAUUCCUUGCAGCGGAAUAGUGCGUUUCUGCGCAGUGAAUGAACGAAGAACAUGCAGGGCUUGCUAAUGCAUUGAGGGGCAUACGCUGUCUCCAGUCUGCCUCUCCGUGACCAUGUCGUGAUCUUUUUCCGCGGGGCCACCGACCGCUCUUCCUCGCCGUCAACCCCAUCCAACCGUGGACCCUGAUAUCGCCGACAACAAACACACAAACACACACACACACGCUGAGUAGCAGAGAGGGGGGAAUACGCCCCUGGAAUUGAUACACCUGCAAACAUCAUGAAGAUUAUCUCUCCGCUUCUAAGCGAUCUGGUCUUUGAGUAUUGGAUUCGACUCUUUCUCUGCCUCGUGUGGACGGGCUAUUCUGAAGGAAUGCCGCAUGUUCUGAGAUUCGGAGGCAUUUUUGAGUCGGUGGAAAAAAGCCCAUCUGGGGCAGAGGAACUCGCCUUUAAAUUUGCUUUAAAUACAAUCAACCGAAACAGGACUCUGUUGCCGAACACAACAUUGACCUACGACAUCCAAAGGAUAAAUAUUUACGACAGUUUUGAGGCAUCCAGAAAAGCUUGCGAUCAGCUCUCUCUGGGAGUGGCGGCCAUCUUUGGGCCUUCCCAUAGUUCCUCAGCGAACGCAGUGCAGUCCAUUUGCAACGCCCUUGGCGUCCCGCACAUACAAACCCGGUGGAAGCAUCAGGUCUCAGACAACAGGGAUUCCUUCUACGUCAACCUGUACCCGGACUUCUCGUCCCUCAGUCAGGCCAUCCUAGAUCUGGUGCACUACUUCAAAUGGAAAACUGUCACUGUAGUCUACGAUGACAGCACAGGUCUGAUUCGGUUGCAAGAGCUGAUUAAAGCUCCAUCUCGCUACAACAUCCGCUUGAAAAUUCGCCAGCUUCCCUCGGACACGAAGGAUUCCAAGCCCUUGCUGAAAGAAAUGAAGAAGAACAAGGAGUUCCACGUGAUAUUUGACUGCAGUCACGAGAUGGCAGCUGGCAUCUUGAAGCAGGCUUUGUCAAUGGGAAUGAUGACUGAAUAUUAUCAUUACAUCUUCACCACCUUGGACAUCUUUGCCCUGGACCUGGAUCCUUACCGCUACAGCGGGGUGAACAUGACCGGUCUCCAGAUUCUCAACACCGAGAGCAGCCAAGUCGCCUCCAUCAUCGAAAAAUGGUCAAUGGAACGACUACAAGCACCGCCGAAAGCAGGCUCGGGAUUGCUGGAUGGAUUCAUGACGACAAACGCUGCCUUGGUGUACGACGCCGUCCAUGUUGUCUCAGUGGCCGUACAACAGUCCCCACAGAUGACGGUCAGCUCGCUGCAGUGCAACAGGCACAAACCCUGGCGGUUUGGAAGCCGCUUCAUGAAGUUUAUUAAAGAGGCUCACUGGGAAGGUCUCACAGGAAGGAUUAUAUUCAACAAUUCCAAUGGCUUGAGAACAGAUUUUGAUUUGGACGUGAUCAGUCUGAAGGAGGAAGGUCUUGAAAAGGUUGGGACCUGGGUGACCAGCAGUGGGUUGAACAUGACUGAGAAUCGCAAAGGAAAGACGACAAACAUCACUGAUUCAUUAUCCAACCGAUCAUUAGUGGUCACAACGAUCCUGGAGGAGCCGUACGUGAUGUUUAAAAAGUCGGAUAAACCUCUCUACGGCAACAGCCGGUUUGAGGGAUUCUGCAUUGACCUCCUCAAGGAAUUGUCCAAUAUCCUCGGAUUCACCUACGAGGUCCGGCUGGUGGAAGACGGGAGGUACGGAGUUCAGGAUGAAAAAGGACAGUGGAAUGGAAUGGUCAGGGAACUGAUGGAUCAUAAAGCUGAUCUUGCAGUUGCACCCCUCACUAUCACCUACGUUCGAGAGAAGGUCAUUGACUUCUCAAAGCCAUUUAUGACCCUGGGAAUAAGUAUUUUGUACCGAAAGCCCAACGGUACAAACCCUGGCGUUUUCUCCUUCCUGAAUCCUCUCUCCCCUGAUAUCUGGAUGUAUAUUCUGCUGGCUUACUUGGGUGUCAGUUGUGUGCUGUUUGUUAUAGCCAGGUUUAGCCCAUAUGAGUGGUAUAACCCCCACCCUUGCAAUCCCGACUCAGACGUGGUGGAAAACAAUUUUACCUUGCUAAAUAGUUUCUGGUUUGGAGUUGGAGCGCUCAUGCAGCAAGGUUCCGAACUAAUGCCCAAAGCCCUUUCCACCAGGAUCGUGGGUGGCAUCUGGUGGUUCUUCACCCUGAUCAUCAUCUCGUCGUACACCGCAAACCUGGCGGCCUUCCUCACGGUCGAACGCAUGGAGUCUCCCAUCGAUUCAGCCGAUGACUUGGCCAAGCAGACCAAGAUAGAGUACGGGGCAGUAACUGAUGGGGCCACCGUGUCUUUCUUCAAGAAAUCCAAAAUAUCAACCUAUGAGAAGAUGUGGGCCUUCAUGAGCAGCCGGCAGCACACGGCUCUGGUCAAAAACAACGAGGAGGGGAUCCAGCGGGUUUUAACCACAGAUUACGCCUUGCUGAUGGAAUCGACCACCAUCGAGUUUGUCAACCAGAGGAACUGCAACUUGACGCAGAUCGGCGGCCUCAUAGAUUCCAAGGCGUACGGAGUCGGCACUCCUAUGGGAUCGCCGUACAGGGAAAAGAUCACAAUCGCCAUUCUCCAGCUGCAGGAAGACGGCAAGCUGCACAUGAUGAAAGAGAAGUGGUGGAGGGGGAAUGGCUGUCCGGAGGAAGAAAGCAAAGAGGCCAGUGCUCUAGGAGUCCAGAACAUCGGGGGCAUCUUUAUAGUACUGGCUGCCGGCCUAGUGCUCUCCAUCUUUGUAGCCGUCGGUGAAUUCCUGUACAAGUCGAAAAAAAACGCACAGCUUGAGAAGAGGUCCUUCUGUAGCGCCAUGGUUGAGGAGCUCAGGUUGUCCCUGAAGUGCCAGCGGCGACUGAAGCACAGACCCCAGCCACCGGUCAUAGCGAAGACGGAAGAGGUGAUCAACAUGCAUACGUUCAACGACAGGAGGUUGCCCGGCAAGGAGACGAUGGCAUGAAGUGUCGAGAGUCCACACCCAGCACAAACAGUGAUCUUUGUUCCCAAUGACCUGCAAGAGUGUUUCCUGUGGAAAUAUGCAAACCGUGCCGAACAAGCGAGUUACCUCAAGUUGCCGCGUCGAGAAACAAACAAGU